UUCUUUGCCGAGCUCUCUAACAAGUUCCUUGGGUCUGUUUGUUAAAGAAAAAUUCCAGUGGGCGCAUCCAACACAUGGAACUCAAGUCGAGAAAUUAUAUUUAUCCACCCCACUGCCAAGGAGAUCACAUGCCCCGUGAGUCAUUCCAGAUGUGUUCAAAACACAGAGUCUCUGUGUGGAAGCCCAGAUCCCCCAAUUCCAGAGAGAGUCGGAUUAAGAGAAGUCCAGGCUCCUGUCCCACCCAGGAGGCAGUUGGCUGACUCCACCCCGUGGAGGCAGGGGGAGGACAUUACCAUACUCUUGGAAGGGAAAGGUGGUAAGAAUUCACAUCAUCCCACAGGGAGGAACUCCCAGGCCUACCUGUAGCUCCUGGGCUCCCAUCCUGCAGGGAAGAAACGAUGUACUGGAAGACGCUGCUGCUUCUGCUAUUGUAUCAGAGUGCUCAGGCGACUGUGUCCCGCAGGUGGAACCGGGCCAUGCUGUUCCCUGCUGCCCAUCGGCCAAAGAAGUCUUCCUCCCUGCCCUUGAACCCAGUCCUGCAGACCUCCCUGGAGGAAGUGGAACUGCUCUACGAGUUCCUGCUGGCUGAACUAGAGAUCAGCUCUGACCUGAGGAUCUCCAUCAAGGAUGAAGAACUCGCCUCCUUCCGGAAGGCCUCCAACUUCCAUACCAUCUGCAAUGAUGUGAUUCCUAAGCGUAUCCCAGACAUUCGCAGGCUGAGUGCCAGCCUGGCCAGCCGCCCUGGUGUCCUCAAGAAAGAAGACUUUGAAAGGACAGCACUGACCCUCGCCUAUGCAGCCUACCGCACAACCCUGUCCCAAGGGUAUCAGAAGGAUAUCUGGACCCAGUCCCUUGUUAGCCUCUUCCAGGCCCUGAGGCAUGACCUGGUGCGGUCCUCAGGACCUACAGUGUCUCCCUGAGCAAAUGGCCCACACCAGGACCUUGAGGCGGAGACCAACACUCACAGACAUCCAGAAAGUUUAUUGUCUAUUCUACUUAUAGAGGCCAAUAAUCAAGUACACACCACCAAUACUGAGUAGCAGACAUAAAAUGAGUCACCCCAAUGGUAGGUUGCUUUCUAUUGGUUCCUGAUGGACACAACUAAUGUGUGUCAUAAUGCAACAUGAGCUAGAAAACAGAUUGGGAAUGGUCAUGUGGGAUGCCUUCAAAGGCAGGAUGUUUGCUUGGUGACAUACAGAAUUAUAAGGUAUGCAUGGACACAGAGUGAUACACACACACGCACACACACACACACACACACACAACACACACACACACACACACCAUAGAACAAAGAAGAUCUCAUGGAGAUUUAGGCAUAGCAACAAAGUGGGAGAUAGACUCCUUUUGUCUUAAAGGACUAGGGCAAUGGGUUGAAUGAACAUUUUCUCAAAAUUCUAUAGUAAAUAUAAAGAAGAGAAAGCUAUACAUUCAAAUAAAUAUGUUGUUAGCCCAGGAUAUACUUGACUUUUCCAAAAGCCAUCGAGAAGUCUCAGGCUGAAUGUAAGUAAUUUUGCCACAUGCAUGUCUUCACUCCUCCUCUCUGAAGCUAUUCUAAGACAGGGAAACAGGAAGGGAACAUAUAGAAAUGCAACCAGUCCAUUGAUAAUUUGUCUUGUGAACAGAGAUGCCAAGCUAACUGAGAGGAUUCUCCUAUGGAAAGAGGUGACACCAAUGCCCAUACUUGUCUGUCCAAAUGCUAAAUAAUUUAGCAUCAUCAGAGUUGAGAUUUGAGUGCUCCAAAUAAAAAUGAUGUCAGAUGAUUCAAUUUUA